GUCAGCCGGCAGAGCGGCCUCAUCGCCCGCCUGGAGCGCCUGUGUCCCGGGGGCGCGGGCGAGCAGCGGCAGGUCCCGCCCCCGCCCCUGGUGCCUGUGGUUCCUUUGAGUCUGGUGGGCAGCAGCAGUAACGCCAGCAGGAGCCUGGCCCCAGCCCCAGAGUCCCCAAGAGACCAGACACUGAGACAGCAGGGGCCCCUGGCCUCCUCCUCACCCACUGGGCUCCCUGCCAGCCCCACCAAGCCAGCAGGCCCAUGGCAGGACUGUGCCGAGGCCCACGGGGCAGGCCACAGGCAGAGCGAGGUGUACGAGCUGCGCCUCGGCCGGCAUGUGGUGUCUGCAUGGUGUGAGCAGCAGUUGGAGGGGGGUGGCUGGACCGUGAUCCAGCGGCGGCAAGAUGGCUCGGUGGACUUCUUCACCACCUGGCAGCAGUACAAGGUGGGCUUCGGGCGGCCUGACGGGGAGUACUGGCUGGGCCUCGAACCCGUGUACCAGCUCACCAGCCGUGGGGAUCACGAGCUGCUGGUAUUGCUGGAAGACUGGGGAGGCCGUGGGGCCCGUGCCCACUAUGACAGCUUCUCCCUGGAGCCUGAGAGCGACUACUACCGCCUACGGCUCGGCCAGUACCACGGGGAUGCCGGGGAUUCUCUUUCCUGGCACAAUGACAAGCCCUUCAGCACAGUGGAUAGGGACCGAGACUCCUAUUCUGGAAACUGUGCCCUGUACCAGCGGGGAGGCUGGUGGUACCACGCCUGUGCCCAUUCCAACCUCAAUGGCGUCUGGCACCGCGGUGGCCACUACCGAAGCCGCUACCAGGAUGGCGUUUACUGGGCUGAGUUCCGUGGUGGGGCGUACUCGCUCAAGAAGGCUGCCAUGCUCAUCCGGCCCACCAGGCUGUGACUGUCCCUCUGUCCUCAUG